CGUCCGGAGAGGACACGGAUGGGCGGCGAGGCUGCAGCCUCAGCUGGAAGGGAGGCGUGUGGCCGGCAGAUCUGGGCGAGGAGGGAGCGCCGGCUGAGAGGAGAGGCGGCGGCUCUUCCCGCGGGCAGAGGGGUGGCUGCCUGGAAGGAAGGAAGGAAGGAAGGAAAACAAGACAGGCGCGGGGCUUCCCGGGGAAGAAGGGAGGAACAAUGAUGGAGGAACAGAGGCUUGUGGUGAUCAAAGAAGAAGAGAGAACGGAGAAUGGGGGAAGAGACCCUUUCAUUGUCCAAGUCAGGACCAUCGGGGACUCUUUGACUGGGGCUGGCCCAUCCCACAUUAAGAUGGAGUCACAGGAGGAAAUCCACCAACGCUGGGAUUUUCAAUGGCAGGAAUUCUUGAAAAGGGUGGCAGCGCUUCCCGCAGCUCUGCCUCCGUUGGAUGACGAUGCCAGAGGUUUCCAGGUCCCCUGGGGGAGAAUUAAGGAAAAUCCACCAGAGGAGAAUUCUGGGGAAGCCAGAGGGGAAUCUGUGCUCCAAAGGGAUCCGAACAUCAGUGGGAAAGCUUGGAUGGACAGGGAGAAGCUGGAUUUCUGCAUGAAAGUGAAGGUGGAAGAAUCUCUGGAAGAAGUUGACCUGGGGAGACAGUGGCCCCUGCAACUCAAGCACUUCAGUCCACAGGAUGCUGAGCAGCACCAGGAGAUACCUUCCAAGAGAAAGCAGCCUGGUUCAGCUGAAGUGAGUAGCAAGAAGCAAAGGAAAGCCAUCGAUCUCAAUUUGAAGAUGAAAAUCAUCAAAGCGUACGAGGCCGGGAAGAAGGUGACUAAAAUAGCGCGAGAGGUAGGCCUGGCCCACUCCACCAUCUCCACCAUUUUGAAGGAUAAAGCGAGGAUCAGAGAGGCGCUAAAAGGAGCAGCGGGCAUGAACACAAGUAUAACAAGGCAGCGAAAAGGCCUCAUCCACGAAAUGGAAAAACUCCUCAUCCUCUGGAUCGAAGAUCGGAUACAAAAGAGGCUGCCAGUGAGCCUUCUCCUCAUUCAGAAUAAGGCGCGCAGCAUUUUCUCAAUGCUGAAGGAACAGACGGGCGAGGAGUGCACCGAAAUAUUCACGGCCAGCCAUGGCUGGUUUAUGCGAUUCCAGCAAAGAUUUCAUUACCAGAAAACGCACCCGUCAGGUGACGCCGUGAGGGCCGACGAAGAAGCUGCCAAACACUUCCUGAACGAACUUGAUGGGAUCAUAGCAGAAGGGAACUAUUUCGCUGAACAGAUAUUCAGAGUGGACGAAACUGGGUUGUAUUGGAAAAGAAUGCCAGAGCGGACCUACAUACACAGAGAAGCCCAAGCAAUGCCUGGGUGUAAAGCAUUUAAAGACAGAGUAACCUUACUAUUGGGUGGAAAUGUCGCCGGAUUCAAGCUGACUCCAUUUCUGAUCCUUAAAUCAGAUCAUGCCUGUAUGUUUGAAAACAUAAGCAAUGACACACUACCUGUUUAUUACCGGUUUGAUUGGAAGGCCUGGAUGACGCCCGUCCUUUUUGAGGAUUGGUUUACGAAUUGUUUCAUACCCCAAGUAAAGGAAUAUUGUGAACAAAAGGGGAUUCCUUUUAAAAUUCUCCUUCUCCUAGAUAAAGCACCUGGACAUCCUCCACAUCCUGACAGUCUCCACCCCGAUGUAAAGGUAGUUUAUCUACCCCAAAACACCUCAGCUCUCCUACAGCCUGUGGGAAUGGGGAUGAUCUCGGCAUUCAAGAUGUACUAUUUGCACGCAGUGUUUGCCAAAGCCUUAGCCGCAAUGGAAUAUGAUAGAGUAAUAGUGCGUGAAUUUUGGAAAAACUAUAAUAUCCUCCAUUGUAUCGAAAAUAUUGCAAUCGCCUGGCAAGAUGUGAGUGGGAAAAGUAUGCAAGAGUUUUGGAGAAAGUGUUUAAAACGUUUUGUUGCUCUCACAAACAAUUUUGAGCUAUUUCACCGAAUCCCAAAUCUGGACGAAAUAAAUCGGAAAAUUUUGACGCUCACGAGAUUCCUUGAUUUAGAGGUCGACGCCGAAGACGUGAGAAAUUUGGUGGCUUAUUCAGAAGGGGAGCUUUCCAACGAAGAUUUAAUUGAACUGAAGGAAGAACUGGAAGCCCAAAAGAUCGUGGAAGAAGAGGUGGAGAAAGAAGAAAGGAAAGAAGAAAGGAAAGAAGAAAGGAAAGUUGUAGAGGUGCGGCCCAAAACCUUCAGCCUGAGAAGAUUGGCUAGUGUUUUCUCGAGCGUGAACAAAAUUUUAUCCGAAUUAGAGAGCAUGGAUCCAGAUGUGGAACGUUUUAGAAGGGUACACUGGGAAAUGUGUGAAAUCUUAAAAUGUUACCGUGAAAUAUAUGAAGGAAAAAAGAAAGAAAAGAAUGAUAAAGAAAACAAACAGAGCGGAUUGCUGAAGAAAGUUAUUCCACCCCAAACUCCAGUUCCCUUCCUUUUACCCUUCCCGUCUACAGGAACACAAAACCAGGAGGAUCCUCAGCCAUCAACUAGUUACGCCAGUGGAUCCGAUGUUCCUGAAAACACAGACAACUAUGAAUAUUUUCAAGGAUUUAUAUCCAAUCUGAUGCUUACAGGCAUCCCAAUCCCAGCAUUAUACGAUACUAAUAUCUCCCAAAUUGGAGGAAGAGGCCUUGGAGAUUGUGAAGGUGAAGCGUUCCCUGGAGAUAAAGCAAGAGAAUGAAGAGGAGACCAACUCACUACAAUAUGAUGGAUAUGGAACAACUCAUAAGGAGAAGACCUUCCAGGUGGGAAGAUCUGAAGAAAUAGAUUUUGGAAGAUUCCAUUAAAAGGAGUCAAACGAUCAUUUCUCUGGGGUUCCAGGAUUAAGGAAAGCCAGUAGAUCCACCAGGAACACAAAGGCACACAGCAAAGAAAGCCAGUGAAACUUUCCUGCCUGAAGAUGGCGAUCGAAGUUUAAACGAAGCCAAUUUUCAGCGGGGCACUAAGUCUGGAAUUAAGAGGUGCCAGAGAUGGUGUGCAACUAUCAGUGUUCAAAUGUGCAAGUAAAGGCUAACUGCGUAAAUAUAUACUCUUUGAGAAUGUUAACAGCGAACCCCAUUUAUUCCACAGAAAAACCCUCAACAAGGAAAAAAAAUCAUGUUUGCUCAGAGCGCGGAAAAAGUUUUGGUUUUAAAGCAAACCACCCGAAGAUCAUCCAAACCAAAAGGAAGCAGCAUAAACAUUCAAACUGCAGGGAAAGUUUCAACGCAAAAUCAACUCUGAUUAAACAUGAGAAGUUACGCGCGUGAGAGAAGUUGUACAGAUGCACUGAAUGUGGAAAAAACUUUUCGGGGGAAAAAGGGCGUUUUGGUCAAGUCCCGAGGAGGGAAAAAGCCACAUAAAAUGCUCUCAACUGCAGCAAAAGUUUCAUUGGGUGAGAUGCCCUCAUCAAACAUGAGCGAAGGAGAGAAGCCGUAUGAAUGCUCCCACGUUUCUGGAUCAGCUGCCACCUUAAAUACACAAGGGUGAGAAACUUUACAAGUAUUUAGAUCUUGGCAAAAGCUUCAGUGAGAGAGGAUGGCUGAUGAAAUAUGAUGCAUACAGAAGUCAUAUCAGUGCUUAGACAGAAUGCACAUCUUCAGUCACAGCUUGUGAUCUACACAAGAGCCCACACAGGAGAGGCCACAGGGGUGCCCUCAACGUGAAAAGACUUUCUUUCUAGCUCACAUCUCAGGAAGCAUAGUGCACAUACACGCUCAAGAAGCCCCGUAAAGUUCUUCCAUGGCGGGAAAACAUCCGUUAGGAAAUGGUGGCCCGCCAGUGGAUUCAUCCCUGAGAGAAACCAUAAAGGCUCAGUCGGAGAGAAAGAUUCUGUAAUUCUUCCAUGCUUCGUAAACAUAGGAAAAUCCAUUCAGCAGCGACGUCCUGGAGGACAGGGUUGGUGUUUGGGUCUACCAUGCAGUCUCAGAGAUAGUGAAAAUCAUGCUAGCGUUGGGGUGAAACAUCAGACAGCAGAAAGGAAGCACAAGGAACAAGGAUGAUGGCUUUUAAAAAUAUUGACACAUUAAAGUGUUAUAAAGAAGCGCUUGUUUCACACUGAAGUACUUUGUUCGACCUUUAGGAUAGCAGGCAGGUUAGAAAUGGCACUUUUCUCAAAUCUUGGUACAGGAGACUGAGUUGUAGUCCCAUUUUAGCCAUGAAAGCCAGCUGGAUGAUCUUGGGCCAGUCAGUCCCUCUCAGUGUAACUCACCUCACAGGGUUGUUGUUAUUGUGGGGAAAAUAGGAGGAGGAAGGUGUAUUAGAUAUGUUUGUCACCUUGAGUUAUUUGUAAACAUAAUAAAGAUGGGAUACUAAUAAACGAAUAAAUAAAACAGAUCAGGAGGGAUAAAAUAGAUCUCCGUAAGGGAUGUAUGGAUUUUGAGAGAGGAGCUGCAAUCUAACACAGCAAAAUCUAUUCAAUAGGAAAUAUUCAGACGGCCAAAGGGGGAUUUUCUUUCUAGAAUUGCCCUCAUAGGCCCACACUCAUUCCUCAUCCUCACAGUUUUAUCGAGACCUGCUUGAUUCUCUCUCCUGGGAUUAGAUAACAUUAAUCUUUGUGGUUAAAAUACCAUCCAGAGCCAUUGAGAGUCAGGUGACAUACAAAUGACAUACAAAUGUAAUGUAAUAAUAAUUUUCUUUGGUGAUAUUUUAUGUUUACAUAAUUUGUAUGGCUGCUCUUCUCAAAAAAAAAAAAAAUUACCGGUCGGCAAGAAAAGAAUUCAAAUGAAAACAAUUAUCGGUGGUUCUCAACCUUGGCAAAUGUAAGAUGUGUGGACUUCAAUUCCCAGAAUUCCCCAGACAGCCUUGCUUUUGCAGGCAAAAUGAGAGGUGAACUGAGACCGGACUUUUGUCAUAUUUCUAUUCCUCCUGAUUAGACUUUUUAAAAACAUUAUUCCUUCCCCCCCAAGAUCCUUGCUGCUGUCAGGGCUGGUCUUGACCCACAGGAAAAGUCUUAACAAAAUAGGAGAUGCAGCUACAAACCAGGUAGGACAUGAACUGCACUGUUCUGCCUGCCAUCUUGUCUUUUUUUCACUAUGGACGGCCUUGUUUUCCAAGGAAAAAAAAUAAGUAAUCCUAAUAAUCAGAAAAGUUUCUAAAAUGAAACCAAGGGCUUGUUUUAAGAGCAAAACUUGCUAAAUGUCUAAAAAUGUUGGUAGCCGACCCAGAACCAUGAUGUAGUGCUGGGAAAAUAUUUUUGCACUUAUUUGCAGGAAAAAGAAUGUAUAGAAAUAAAAUUGUUUUUGCUGAUUGUGAAA